CAUGUCUGACUUUGUAUCUUACUUCAGUUGCACGUUGGUGGAUCUACUAUACUUCAGCAAUGAGUCAAACAUGUGAAUGGAAAAAUGAGGUCAUAAAGAAACAGGCCCAAAAAGAACGAGAGAAAGACGUGGAAAAAAGAUGGGCAGACGUUAUGUCUAAGAACGGUGAGGGAGCUCCCGAAUGGUUAAAAGAAGCUGCUAUGAAGAAAAAGCAGAAACAAAGUUUGAAACUGAAAGAUGAGAAUUUAGCUCCAUGGCUAAAAGAAGUUCAGAAGAAGAAUGCCGGCUUAGCAAGAAGGAUAUCCGAUGCCACAAAUUGUGAAAUUGAAAGUAAUCUGGACUGAAAUACAAAUUUGGUGCGUUUUUUUUCUUUAUUACGAUAGUUUGAUAUGUUUCUGAAUGAAUGGUAACUAGAUUGUUCAAUAUCAUGUGAAUUAUAUACAGAGAUUAACUAUACUACAAACAUACAUAUACGUUUAUUAUCAUGAUUCCUUUACUUGUAUAUUAUUAUUUGCGCUUUAUUUAAUAACCUGAUUUGUGGAAAUCCAGAAUAUUUUCCUAACACAUGACUUUCAUUUCUUGAGUUUAUCAUACACUGAACAUGUAAACCCAAAUCUUGAUAAAUAUCCGAUUGAAUUUUUCAGUCCUUACCAAUUUAUCUUCACAGUUGAAAUCACGAGUCAAUCUAAGUUAAACCAUC